CGCUGGGCCGAGCGAGAGGAGGCGCCGGCGAGAGGGAGAGGGAGAGGGAGAGAAGGCGAGCGGGCCGCCGGGGGCCGGAGCACCGCGGGCAGGAGGGCAGGUGACCAGCCGCGGGCACGAUGAGUGUGUUCGGGAAACUGUUCGGCAGCUCGGCCAAGGCCGGCAAGGGGCCGACCCCGCAGGAGGCCAUCCAGAGGCUGCGGGAGACCGAGGAGAUGCUGACAAAGAAGCAGGAAUUCCUGGAGAAAAAGAUCGACCAGGAGCUGCUCACAGCCAAGAAGCACGGCACCAAAAACAAGAGAGCUGCACUGCAAGCUCUAAAGCGCAAGAAGAGAUAUGAAAAGCAGCUGGCACAAAUCGAUGGCACACUGUCCACCAUUGAAUUCCAGAGAGAAGCACUGGAAAAUGCAAACACAAACACCGAAGUUCUCAAAAACAUGGGUUUCGCUGCCAAGGCCAUGAAAGCUGCUCAUGAAAACAUGGACAUUGACAAAGUAGAUGAAUUAAUGCAGGACAUCACAGAGCAACAGGACUUGGCACAGGAAAUCUCUGAAGCAAUUUCUAAACCAGUAGGGUUUGGUGAAGAUUUUGAUGAGGAUGAGCUAAUGGCUGAGUUGGAAGAGCUGGAACAGGAAGAGCUCGACAAAAACCUACUGGAAAUUGGAGGUGCAGAGAAUGUGCCACUUCCCAACGUUCCUUCCACCUCCCUCCCAGCCACGCCAGCCAAGAAGAAGGAAGAGGAAGAAGCUGAGAUGCAGGAGCUGGAAAAUUGGGCCGCUGCUAUUUGAAAACAACAGGCAUUUUGUAAAGAAUGGACUUUGUUAUAUGUCGCAGUUGUGGGUGUUUUGUUAUGCAGUGAAGGUCGUGAGCAGACUAAAUUUCUGAAUGGCCACCCGGAAUGCAUACUGGGGAGGGGGAAGAGGGAAUGGGGUGUGCAAUGUGACAUUACAGCGUACUGUUUAGGAGGAGGAGCAGAGAGGGUAAAAAACACCCUAUGGCACUUUUGUCCCAGCUUUUAUUGGAUUUUCAUUUGUGUUGAUGGUUGCGAGCUUCAAGCCCACGACUUCCGGUAUGGCUCUUCCUUUCUUCCUGUGGGAUCAGUGGCCCCAUUUCACUGCCCCUUGUUAUAAUAAAUCCUCUGUACAUUUAUGAAAUAGAGACACAGUGCAGAUUGAUAUUUGCAAGUGACUGAAUUCCUGUAGCAUGUCCAUAACUGUUUGUAUAAUUGAGGUGAAGCAACUAUUUGAAAAUUACACCUGUAGUUGACUCGAUUUCCUUUUCCAUUCUGAUUUCUUUUUUAAAAAAAAUUCAUCGUAGGAGCUCCUUGAAAAACAAUCUGCAGAGGUUCUUGACUUAUAAAGCUUGUUAAUCAUUUCCUUGCCCCUCCCCCUGAAUAUUUAAGCUGGCUAAUCAAGUGUAGACCAGUCAUUUACUGAGUCUGAUUGCUCACCUAGUGCCUCUGCUGAUUUUUAAAAAACGAGCAUUUUAAAUUUUUUUUGGAGGAAGUAGUCACUUUUUGUUGGUUUUUUUUAGUCCUGAGUGUUGGUGAGGGGACAGAGUGAGGUCUGUUUUGAUUGUCCUCACUGGGUGCAAUUUCAGGAUACUUCCUUUUCUAUGCCAUGUGAUUUACACAGAAGCCUAUAAGAUACUUCUAAAUGCUUCUUUUGCUAGAUGCUGCAAUUUACCCACCACCCCACCACCCUGACGACAGGCUACACACAGCACAAUGUUGCCACAAUGGGACUCCUCAAUCCCCUACAAAAAAAACACCUAAUCCUACUUAAACCUGCUGUAAAUAUGUUAAGAAAGAAAUAAAAGUUCCUUUUAAUGUAA